AUGACUGAGUCGGCUACUAACAAAAAGGUCAGAACUAAUUUCUUACCUCAAGGUAAGUAUUUAAAACCUGAGGAAAUGGAAUAUGAAUUCGGCGGUCCAAUAGGUUGCUUGUUUAAUAUGAUUUUCUUCCCAAUCUUAAUGUAUUAUAUGUGGAUUUGUUCAGAAUUUUAUAAUGGUGAGAUUGCUAAACCUCUAGAUUGGUCACCUCAAAAUAUUCAAAAGUUUUGUUUAAAUCUAUUACAAUUAUGUUAUGAUCACGCUAUACCAUCUUUAUAUUCAUGGUCAAUCUUUUUAACCUUUUGGAUAUUUCAAAUCGCCUUUUAUUAUACGUUACCAGGUGUUUGGACCAAAGGUCAACCGUUGACUCAUUUGAAAGGUAAACAACUACCUUACUAUUGUAACGCUAUGUGGUCGUUAUACACUUCCACGACUUUGGUUCUAAUUCUACAUUUCACCGGUGUUUUCAAAUUAUAUACAAUCAUAGAUUUGUUUGGUGAAAUCAUGACAUGUGCAAUCAUUUCAGGUUUUGCAUUCUCAAUUGGCCUAUACUUAUGGACUUUAUUCGUUUCGGGCGAUUAUCAUCGCAUGACUGGCAAUCACAUCUAUGAUAUAUUUAUGGGUGCUCCAUUGAAUCCACGUUGGGGGAUCCUGGAUUUAAAAAUGUUCUUCGAAGUAAGAUUACCGUGGUUCACGCUUUACUUCAUCACUCUUGGUGCAUGCUUCAAACAAUACCAGGUGUAUGGCUACGUCACACCAAACCUACUGCUUGUAAUGAUGGCUCAUUGGCUGUAUGCUAAUGCCUGUGCUAAAGGUGAAGAACUGAUUGUUCCAACUUGGGACAUGGCGUAUGAAAAAUUCGGGUUCAUGCUAAUCUUCUGGAAUAUUGCUGGUGUUCCAUACACUUAUUGCCAUUGUACUCUAUAUCUAAUAUACCACGACCCUUCAGAGUACCAUAUGAAUAAAUGGUAUAUGGCAGCUUUAUUCGCGACUUAUCAACUGGCUUAUUAUAUUUUCGAUACUGCUAAUGCUCAAAAGAACUCUUUUAGAAAGGCAAUGGCCGGUGAUGUCACCACAAGAAGAGCGUUCCCACAUUUUGAAUACCAAGUAUUGGACAAUCCUAAAUACAUCACUACGAAGGAUGGCUCGUUCUUACUGAUCGAUGGAUGGUACACCUGGGCACGUAAGAUUCAUUACACAGCCGAUUGGAUUCAAUCUGUUAUCUGGGCUCUUGCUUGUGGGUUCCAUUCGAUCUUUCCGUGGUUCUUCCCUAUUUUCUUCUUUUUAGUAUUGACUCAUAGAGCUAUGAGAGAUCAAGUUAAGUGUAAGAGAAAAUACGGUUCGGAUUGGAAUACAUAUUUGAAACAUUGCCCGUAUUUGUUUAUUCCAUACGUAUUUUAA